AUGCCAUUUAUCCAAAUCAUCGCAAUGCUAGAGCAAAAGACAUUGACUGAGGCGCAAGCCAACAUGGUCACAGCCCUGUACAACAGUGAUACUCAGCGGAAGAAAAGACGGAUGUGCGUUCCAUGAGUGUAAGAUGGAACUGCUAGUUGGGUGUUUUAGCGAGAAUUGGGAUGGACGACAGGUUGGAGUCGGAGGCCAAGGGGGAGGAAAUGAGGGAGGAGAGGAUGGAUUGGAGGAGGAGUUGGAGGUCUUGAGGCCAAGCCUUCCUUUUCUUGAGGGGAGGGAGGUGGAUGGGGAUAUGUAUAUGGGAGUUUGA